UUGUUGUGCUGGAUUUAACAUUGUUUUUUAAUACAAUGUUUUCGAUGAUGGCAAUUGUGAAAAUCCAUGUGGACAAUAAAUAAACAGUCAGUUAUUUGUCAAAUUAGUUAUGGCGGAACCAAUGUUAGGAAAGGACGUACCCAACACAAUUGAGAAAGAAAAUGUUGAUUGUAAAGAACAAGUUUAUCUUGAAGAGACGUUUUACAUUCUGUCCAAGAAGAAGUCUGUGUUUCGAGUUCGACUAACAUCUAAAGGACUGUCAUUGAUAAAAGAAACCGAUGAUAGUUCUAAAGAACAAACGAUUCUUUUACGAGACAUCAUUGGCAGUAAGUGUAUGAGAAGCAAGCGACGCCGAGCAGGAGCUGGUUCCUGCGUCUGUAGUUCUCUGGUGGGUCCUCAGCAGCUAAAAGUAGUAGAUGAAAAUAGCGGAGACCUAGAUGAAAGUGACAUUAGCGCUUAUCUAUAUAUUUUCGCUUACACCUUGAAGCGAAGUCGUCGCACUUUAAAAAGGGAAAGGACAACAAUAACAUUAAGGUUCCGCUCCUACGAUAAAUAUGAAGAUAAUUACAAAGAGGCACAAAAAUGGAGAACUAGUAUUAAGUGUUUGAUAGCCAACCAGUCUAUAACAACGGUUAUCCCCCAGAAUGAUAAGAAAUUGCUUAUCUUGCUUAACCCUAAAUCUGGGCCGGGGAAAGCUAGGGAGUUAUUCCAAACUAAAUCUGCUCCGUUACUUCAAGAAGCUGAAGUUCCAUAUGAUUUACAUAUUACAAAAUACGCACAAUAUGCACGAGAAUUUGUUCGCACAAGAAAUGUUUAUGGGCAACAGGCCUUAGCAGAGGUGCCCCUAGCCAUCCUUCCAUGUGGCUCAGGCAAUGGCUUGGCCAGAACUAUCUGCUAUCAUUACAACGAGCCGUACAUACGCGAGAACCUUACUGGCAUCUCCAUGGGUCUGGCGAGGGGCAGGGUCACACCUAUGGAUGUCGUCAGGGUUGAAACUAAAACCAGUAUUAUGUUCUCGUUUCUGUCGGUUGGCUGGGGUCUGCUUUCCGACAUCGACAUCGAGAGCGAGCGGCUGCGGGCUAUAGGCGGACAGAGGUUCGCAUUAUGGGCGCUGGCGAGAUUAGUCGGCUUAAGAAAGUACAAAGGCGUGCUUAGUUACGCUAAAAUUAAGGAUGUGAACAAUCUUCCGAAACCCAAACUGCCGAUCACCCUCAGCCACAGCGUCAGUCAGGACGGCGCGCUCGACUCCCCCGAUGCGGAAGCGUUCAUUGACUGCGACGAGCAGACUGAAGUCUUCACGAACGCAGUGAAUGGUAAACAUCAGCGAGUCGAUUCCUGGUACUCGGUAAAUUCGAGAAGGAGUGCAUUUUACAGCACAAGAGGGUCCGAGUAUCACAGCGUAGCCAGCGGCGGUUCGGAGAUGCGGUCCCCCGUGCACGCGUGUAUGCACGGCCCCGCCUCUCAUCUGCCCUCCCUCAUGUCACAGCUGCCCUCACACUGGGUUCACGAGGAGGGCGAAUUCGUCAUGGUGCAUGUAUCGUACCAGGCGUACAUAGGCGAGGACUUGCUCUUCGCUCCUCGCUCGCAAUUGUCCGACGGGGUCAUGUGGAUGCUUAUCAUUAAGGCGGGUAUACCCAGAUCUCAAAUUCUAUCGUUUCUCCUUGGUAUGAGUCAAGGGACCCAUUCCGACGUGAACACGGAGUACAUAAAAAUGAUUCCUGUUAGUGCAUUUAGAAUAGUUCCCGAGGGACCCGACGGUUAUUUGACAGUCGACGGCGAGCUUGUAGAAUACGGUCCACUUCAAGCGGAAAUAUUCCCUAAUAUAGUCCAUCUCCUCGUUCCAGAUACAAAAUAAUAAGAUAUGUAAAUGAAAAGAAUUUUCUUAAAUGACUGAUAUCAACCUGCCACUUAACCGAGCCUAUGUUGAGAUAUAAAAGACAUAAUAAUCUGUUACUGAAUGGUUGUGGUCAAACUCAACUUUUUAAAUUCUAACCUCUAUUUACUGAUGGGAAAUUAUAUGAAGCAUUCCAUUGCAGUUGUGAUUUAAGUUAUAUUAAAUAUUGUGUAAUUAUUACAGUAAUAAUUUAUGGAUUUGUUUAAGUUAAAAUUGUGAUAUUUUGUUGUAAGCUCUUCAAAACAAUCACAUCUAGUUGCUAGUCACGUUUGUCAAAUGUAUGGAACUAAGUGCCAAAUUUUUUAUGCACUUACAAACAUAUUUACCCAAGGAAUUGAUCAUUUAAUGCAAUUUUAUUUGUUUUUCUUGAGUUUUAUUUUAUUCAAAUUUUUUUUACAGCUAAAGCGCAGCUUUUAAGAUCUAGACAAUUUUAUUUAAAUAAUG